GCGCAUGUGCGAAGCCUCUACGCCGGGGUGGCGCUACGUCGCCGCGGGGCCCGUGAUAUGGAGGGGGCGGGGCCAGGGGGCGAUCAUACCUCCCUCCCAGCCUCACGGGGCGCUGCCUGGCGGCUAAGCCCCGCCCCCGCGGCUAAGCCCCGCCCCUGUGGGGGGCGGGAGAGUUGUGAUACAAAACGCGCCGCCCCACAAGCGCGCGGGGCAAUGCGGGGCCUCGCAGCCCCACCCCCUGGGGAGCCUCCCGGGAAGCGCCUCGCCCGGCCCCCUGUUCAGCCGGGCACGCGCUGCCUGGGCCUCCGCGUGCGCAGGGGCCGGGCCCCAGGGCGCGGCCAGGUGUGCGCCUCUAGCAGAGCCCUCUACAGAGGCAAGCGGGGUGAGAACCGUGGGGCCUUGUGGGUGGUUUCACUCGCCCCUUUUAGACGUUCCCAGGCUAGAGAGCAAGUAGUUGGCAGCGCUGGGCUCAUUGGAAAAUGGGGGGUUUGUCAGUGGUUGAGCUCCUGGAAGUGCCCAGUAGUAUGAAAAGCUGCACACGCUGUUGCAGAUCAGGGCCCGCCCUAUACCGCGGGGGCAGUGGCCUAUGUGGAGGCUACAGCUGUCAUGAAGCUUCCAGUGGGAUAGCUUUCUGGUAACAAAAUUACUGCACGACCCCAUGCCACAAGGGCUCCCACAAAGUUAAGUGGCUUGGACUUCAGUCCCGCGGGGCUCGGGCUUUGGCAAGGCUGGUAUUAGACUCACUGCGUAGCAGGGCAGAAACCCUGAGCCCAAGGCCUCUGGGGAUGAAGCCCUCUGGCUUCAGCUUUCUGACCUGGACCCCAGCGAGUCUAAUGCCAGCCCUGGUGAUCCCAUUAAAAUGAACUGGCAACCUACUUUGGGGUCCUGACCCACAGUUUGAGAAUCUCUGAGCUACAGGAUCUAUCUGCUCUAACUAGAAAGCCAUUUGCAUCCAAACGGACCGUUGCAUGCUGGAACGUCUUGUCUCUAAGGCUGCUCAGAUCUCGAUGAAGCAUUGCAUGCUGAGACUGAGCAAGAGUUAAUGGUUUUGGCCAAUGGCUGCUUCAGGAAAGGUGGCUGCUUUCCGUCUACCACCUCUGCCAACUGUUAGAGAGAUUAUUAAACUGUUUAAUCUCCGAGCACAAAAGCAGCUAUCCCAGAAUUUUCUCCUGGAUUUGAGAUUGACAGAUAAGAUAGCUAGACAGGCUGGCAAGCUGAAAGAUGCCCAUGUCUGUGAGGUGGGCCCUGGGCCAGGAGGAAUUACAAGAUCCAUUCUGAAUGCUGAUGUUGCUCAACUCCUGUUAGUUGAAAAAGAUACUCGAUUUAUUCCAGGACUGCAGAUGCUGUCUGAAGCAGCUCCGGGAAAAGUGCACAUUGUUCAUGGGGACAUUUUGACAUACAAGAUGGAGAGAGCUUUUCCAAAACACCUUCAAAAGAAGUGGGAAGAUGAUCCACCAAAUGUGCAUAUCAUUGGAAAUCUGCCAUUCAGUGUUUCAACUCCUCUAAUCAUCAGGUGGCUUGAAAAUGUUUCCAAUAGAGAUGGACCUUUCGUUUAUGGCCGAACUCAGAUGACUUUGACUUUUCAGAAGGAAGUAGCAGAGAGGCUCACAGCCACCACGGGAAGCAAGCAACGUAGCAGACUGUCCAUCAUGGCUCAGUAUCUCUGCACUGUUCAAAACCGGUUCACAAUUCCAGGCCGAGCCUUUGUUCCAAAACCAGAGGUGGAUGUGUCAGUAGUGCACUUUACCCCUUUGGUGCAACCAAAGAUACAGCAACCCUUUAAGCUGGUGGAAAAGGUCGUUAAAAGUGUUUUUCAGUUCAGAAGAAAAUACUGCUGUCGGGGAGUGGAAAUCAUGUUUCCAGAAGCUGAACGCUUGAAAAAAAGUGAACAGAUGCUGAUGUUGGCAGAUGUGGAUCCAACUCUGCGUCCAGCUCAGCUCUCCAUUUUACAUUUUAAAAACCUGUGCAAUGCAUACAGGAAAAUGUGUGAUGAAGACACAAGCCUUUUCAGUUACAACUACAGAGAAGAACUGAAGCAGAAGAAGAGAACUCGAAAAAAAGGACACUUGGAGCAGUCUGAAAGGGAAGACCAGCUCUAACGCGUCAGACUGUGCAUCUAAAAAUAAAGUUGUGUGCCUAAUUGUUUUAGUAAAAGGAGACUGUUUUCAAGAUUACAUACACACACACCUUUAUUUUUGUUGAAAUACUGGGGGAGGGGCCAUUCCUAUCUUCCUUAUUUAUUUCAUUCUGCUUAGCAGGUUAAGGAUCCCAUGUUUGGUGUAUCCUCCACUCUGGUCUCUAACUUUACCUUGCUGAAUGCAGGCCUCUCUGAAAUUAAUAGGAGUUUUUUGUAUGAGUGAGUCCUUAAAGUAAAAUUUUACUGACUAUUCCGGCAUAACAAAUAUGUGAUAGUGUUUUUCUCCUUAUCCUGGAACACUCUACUGGGCAGAAAUCUUGUAUUAAUGCACUCAAGCAAAUAGCUUCAAGAAUGAUUAAGAGUAUUAGCAGGCCUUCUGUGCACUUUUUUUAAUCCCAAACAAAAGAACUCUGUCUUGAAAGCUCCAGUAGGAGAAAGCUGCAAAUAAAGCAAGAAACUAGACAGAAUGCUCAUUUUCCUUUUACUGUACAAGUUGGUAGAGAAAAUAAAAAUACAAUCAAAUAAAAGAUUACAGUACAA